GUGUAUGUCUUGAUGGAUGGUGACAGCAAAUGGGCUGUCUGUCGGUUUAGGUCUGUUUAGGUCUGUCUGGCCACGCGACACGCGACACGCGACACAUAAAUGUUCGCUUCAUGCACCGCACCACCACUCGUCAAGGAAAAGACUCAAAGGAAAUGUCUUAAGUCACUCACCUGGCUGCCCCCGCGCCAUAGCCCACCCACUCAAUCUCAUCCCCUUCGCCCCCGAACAGCCGGCCUGUGUGUGUGUGGUCGCCCACUGCCAGCCACACGGGCGUCUUGGCUCCCUCCUCGGGCGUCUUGAGUGUCGACGCCUUCUCGUAGCCCUCAGUCAUUCCCGUCAGAAUGAACCCAGGCGUGCACACUGCAGCAGCAACACAGAUAGACACGCACAUCAUGAUAUAUGUUGGCUCACACUUCUGUCUGUCUCUGGUGUGCAACACACUUCAGUUGUGUACCAUUGAUUUGCAGUUCAGAGUGUUGCCUCGCGAUGAUCCGAGUCCACAGAUUGAGCACCGCCUUAGAGAAUCCAUACGUCUGCAGCCACCAGCCCCUCUCAGGGUGCAUCUCGAUGCGGCCCUCAGCGGCCGUCCCCUCCCAGCACCGAAUGAAGUCUUCGACCAGCGCAACAAACGCCUCCUCGCCCAUCCGCUCAUCGAGCAUCUCACGCCGCCUGUUGUCCCGCAUUCUCUGCACGUUCAUCAUGCCAGCCCCCGAGGACACGUUGACCACCCUCCCUCCCCGGCACAUGAGAGGCCGGAAGUGCCGAAAGCACCGCAUGGCGCCGUACACGUUUGUUUCGACGGUUUCUCGCGCGUUGGUGUCUGCUCUCUUCUGCCAGUCGGGCUGCCAUGGCACGUCGAGAGCGAUGCCGGCGUUGUUGAUGAGCGCAUAUACGCUGCCUUUGCCGUAAGCGGCCUCAAUCUGCAUCACACCCGUCCAUAUCCAGAGAGAGAAACAGCCGCUGCGUGACAUAGAUGGGUGGACGGCCGGAUGGAUGGAUGGAUAAGUGCUCUGAUCCCACCUGCCGAGCGGCGUUUGCCACACUGUCCUCCGAAGUGACAUCGAGCAGCAGCGGCUCCAGCCUCCCCUUCGCUGCCUCGGGCAUCGCAGCCAUGAUGCUCUCCACCGCCUCGCGAGCCCUGUCGAGUUGUCUGCCGCAGAGAAACACCCUCACAGCUGGAUCUGGGUCUUCACGCAAGAGCCUCUGGCAGAUGGACUUGCCGAUCCCGCGCGUAGCACCCGUAACGACGACUCCCUUGGUGUUGGUUUGCAUCGCCAGUGCUAAUGAGAACUGAUGGAUGAGCUGCAACAACCAGAUGCAACGCAGCAUCCCCUACGUCCCCCAGGACCCGUUACCACCAAUGCAUCGCCUUCCU